AUGUAUCUCAAGAACCUGCUCACUUCGGCCGUGGCCCUGAGUGCCGGUGCCUGGGCGCAGAGUCAGGCGGGAAUCGCCGAUCUUGAUGACCCUGGCAAUGAUCUCUAUGAGAAGGACUUGUCCAAAUGUCCCGGAUACAAAGCGACCAAGCAUUGGGAGACUCGCUCUGGUUUCUACGCAGAUCUGUCUCUCGCAGGGUCUGCGUGCAAUGUCUUCGGCACUGAUCUCCCAGACCUGAAGCUGGAAGUGGAAUAUCAGACCAGCGAUCGGCUUCAUGUCAAGAUUUCAGACACCAACAACACCGUCUACCAGGUGCCUGACAGUGUCUUCCCGCGCCCUGGCUUCGGGGAAUGGUGCUCGCCUAAGAACUCCAAGCUCAAGUUCAACUUCAAGGCCGACCCCUUCUCUUUCACCGUCUCUCGCACCGAUACCGAAGAGGUGCUUUUUGACACCACGGGUAACAAGCUGGUGUUUGAGAGCCAAUAUGUCUAUCUCAAGACACAUCUUCCACAGAACCCGCAUCUUUACGGACUCGGCGAGCACAGCGACGCGUUCAUGCUGAACACGACCAACUACACUCGCACGAUCUAUACCCGCGAUGCCUACGGAACGCCUCAGGGUGAGAAUCUGUACGGCGCCCACCCGAUCUAUUUCGACCACCGAAAGGAUGCCACCCACGGAGUCUUCCUGCUCAACUCCAACGGCAUGGACAUCUUCAUCGACAACAAGGGUGGCCAGUACCUCGAGUACAACAUUAUCGGCGGUGUUCUGGACUUCUACUUCAUUGCCGGCCCAUCUCCCCGCGAUGUUGCCAUGCAAUACGCGGAAAUUGCUCAGCUGCCGUUGAUGACACCCUACUGGGGACUCGGAUACCACCAGUGCAAAUAUGGCUACCAAGAUGUGUACGAGGUUGCCGCUGUCACGGCUAACUACUCUACGAACAACAUUCCUCUGGAAACCAUUUGGACUGAUAUUGAUUACAUGGACCGUCGCCGCAUCUUCACCAUUGACCCGGAAAGAUUCCCGGCUAAUCUGUACAAAGACUUGGUGGAUACCAUUCACGCGAGAGAUCAGCAUUACAUCGUCAUGGUGGAUCCCGCUGUCUUCUACAAAGAAUCUAACCCGGCGCUCGAUGCAGGUCUCAAGUAUGGCACCUUCAUGAAGGAGAAGAAUGGCUCCGAAUACCAGGGUGUAGUUUGGGCUGGUCCAAGUUACUUCCCUGACUGGUUCCACCCCGACUCGCAGGAGUACUGGAGCGAACAAUUUUUGAACUUCUUCGACGGCACCAAUGGUCCGGAUAUUGACGCGCUGUGGAUCGACAUGAACGAACCCGCCAAUUUCUUCAACCGUCCGUACCCAGGCAACAACACCACUCCGGAGAAGUUCGCGGAAGUGGAUGGCGAUCCUCCCAAAGCACCAGCGGUCCGAGAUGGCCCUGAUGCUCCCAUCCCCGGCUUCCCAGACAGUCUCCAGCCCAACUUCGCUUCCGGUAACUCAAACGAGAAGCGUGCGACUGCUGAUAUUCAAAGCCGUAAGCCUCGGUCGCUUUCCCGUCGCAACCUGGGCGCUGGUCACUGGCGCUCCGCCAGAUCCUCCAGUUCUUCCUCGAAUGCUGGCUGGCAAAGUGGUAAGAAGACUGGCUCUGGCUGCGGACCCAAUGAAUGCAAGGGCCUGCCCAAUCGCGAGUUCAUCAGACCACCUUUCAUGAUUCAAAAUGGCGCUGGGCCCACGCUGGCUGACAGCACUGCCGAUACUGACCUGGUGCAAAGUGGUGGCUACGUUCAAUAUGAUACCCACAACCUUUACGGUGCUAUGAUGUCUUCGCACUCUCACAACGCCAUGCGUGCCAGACGCCCGGAUGAUCGCGCUUUGGUGAUCACACGAAGCACCUUUGCCGGUUCCGGCAAGGAUGUGUCCCACUGGCUUGGAGACAAUAUCUCCGGCUGGCUUUGGUACCGACUCUCCAUCAGUCAAAUCUUGCAGUUUGCGUCGUUGUACCAAAUCCCCGUCGUCGGUCCCGAUGUGUGCGGCUUUGGUGGCAAUACGACAGAGAACCUCUGUGCUAGAUGGGCGGCUCUCGGUUCUUUCUACACAUUCUUCCGCAACCACGCUGAGAUCUCCUCGACUCCUCAAGAGUUCUACCGCUGGCCGACAGUCGCUGAAGCUGCGCGCAAGGGAAUUUCUAUCAGAUACCAGCUCCUCGACUACAUCUACACCGCCAUCUAUAAACAAAACCAGACCGGUACCCCGGCUCUCAAUCCUCUGUUCUUCAACUACCCGAGUGACCCCAACACCUACCCCAUCGAUCUUCAGUUCUUCUACGGCGAUGGUAUCCUCGUCAGCCCUGUCACCGAGGAGAACAGCACAAGCCUGAACUACUACCUGCCAGACGACAUCUUCUACGAAUGGGGCACCGGUAAGCCCGUCCGCGGACACGGCGAGUACGUCUCGGCCGAGGUCGACUAUACCGAUAUCACGGUCCACUACAAGGGUGGCAUCGUCUACCCCCAACGUAUCGAGAGCGCCAACACCACCACCGCGCUCCGUACCAAGGGCUUCAACAUUGUGAUUGCGCCUGGUCUUGAUGGUCGCGCUGAGGGCUCGCUUUACCUUGACGACGGCGAGUCAGUUGUGCAAGAUACCGUGUCGGAGAUUGACUUCAAGUACGCCCACGGCAAGCUCAGCAUGACUGGAUCGUUUGAGUACGAUGCCGGUGUCACCAUUGAGGCUAUCACUCUUCUCGGAGUGAAGAGCAAGCCCAAGGGUCUCCAUAAUGCCGACUAUGAUGCUCAGAAUAAGAAGCUUGUGCUUCAUGUUGAUGUGCCUUUGACGCGUCGGGCUGAGGUUAAGAUUGUAUGA